AUGCGGAAAGUAUUGCGUGAUAUGCUGUCACUCUAUCUUACUGGUGCCUUGCUGCUGCUAGGAAAUGCAGCAGCUGGAAUUGUGGACCAUAAUGUCAUAGUGCAUCGUGGAGAUCGGAUGAACUUGCUUGAUCUUGCACAAAGUCUCAAUUUGACCGUUUUUGUUGAGGCUAUGGAGAAAACUCAUCUUGAUAAUACUAUCGAUCAUGAAGGCCCAUACACACUCUUUUCCCCAUUGAACAUUGCCUUUGAAAACAUCCCUGAUUACACCAAGGAAUACUCUCUUGGAGACCUGAUGAAACUCCAUGUUGCCCGUGGAGACUACCUGGAGAAGGAAUUGAAGGAUGAACAGUUGAUUCGCUCCCUUCUUAGCAAAAGGGAUGUUCGAAUCAACAUCUACAAGAAAAAAUCUGGAAAAUUAAUAACAGCCAAUGGACAGAAGUUGAAUGAGACAGACUUUGAUGCCCAUAAUGGAGUGCUUCACAUCAUUGAUGGAGUGAUGAACUCCAUUUAUGCAAGAGAAGGGACUGCCUUAAAGGAGGUAUCCUCUGGAGCUCUGCCAUAUUACAGCUUUAAUACGCUAUCAAGAGCAGUGAAGAGUUCUGAUGUUGUCACAUCUCUUCUGGAUGGCUCUGGUCCUCUCACUCUCUUUGCUCCAUCUGACAAGGCAUUUUCUCGCCUCCCUGAUUCAGUGAAUGAUUACCUGCUGAAGAACAAGACAGCCCUGGAGUAUGUGCUGAAGUAUCAUGCUAUCUCUGGUCGCACUUGGUUCACUAUUGGACUUGAGGACAACAUGAAUCUCCAGACAGCUGCUACCAUUCCUCUUACUGUUUCCAUCAAACAAGAUGGAGUGAAGGUAGGUGAUGCAAAGGUGGUCCUGCCAGAUUUCUGUGUUGCCAAUGGAGUUGUCCACAUCAUCGACAAUGUCCUGCUUCCUCCUGGAUUUCCUCAGUUCUAAAGGCCUCAUGCUUAUUUUUCUUGCAAUCAAAUCCUGAAAUCUCAAACUCUGCUUUCUUGUUGAGUGCCAAAUGCUGUCUGUUGCCUUCACAUGCAUUGUUAUGGUAAAGCCUUGCAUUUAUAAUGCUGUUUUUAAUUCUCAGUAUAUGUUUAGCAGGCUUGAUGUCACCCUAGUAGCCAAUGAAUUUUUGAAUGUGUUGAAUCUUGAUAAAUGAUCUUGCAACCACUUAAUCCUGACUGUUUAGGGACCCCCAAUACAACAUACAAGGGC